AUGACGCCUACUGUCAAAUCAACACAUGGGGAAAUGAGGGGUAUAGAGGAAAUAAGGCAGCGAUGGAGUGUCCUCUUCCGCGACAAUAACACCACCUCCGACCUCCGAGCAGCACUUAGAGCAGAGCAAGGAGAGAAGCUGUGCAACGACGGACUAAGAUCAAUCUGUUGGAAGGCAUUCCUGCACUUCGAUAGCCUCGACCGCACACAAUGGCCGCAAAAGAUAGCCGAUUCCCGAAGCGCCUAUGGAGCUCUGAAAGCUCAUUUCAUGAAAUAUAUCGAGCAUCCCGAUGAUUUGCAGUCAACUGUGGAUCCGCUGGCGGAUGAUGAAGAAUCUCCGUGGCAAACACUACGACAGGAUGAGCAGAUGAGAGCAGAUAUAUCCCAAGAUGUGGAUCGAUGCUUGCAGGAAAAUUUCUUCUUCCGGGAACCGGCGACCAAGGCGAAAAUGACCGAUAUUCUCUUUAUAUAUGCGAAACUCAACCCAGACCUAGGUUAUCGCCAAGGGAUGCAUGAGCUGUUGGCGCCCAUCUUGUGGGUUAUAGACAGAGAUUCAAUUGAAAAAGCCUCCUGGGAGGGGGUCGACCAUACAGAAGAGGAUGAUGGCUCAAUGUUACAGCUCCUUGAUGCCAACUAUGUCGAGCAUGACUCUUUUACACUUUUCUGUUCGGUUAUGCAAACUGCCCGAGUAUACUAUGAGCACAAUAGACAGCGAUCUGCGAGCGGGCAGAUGGAUGUUGUACCAAUUGUCAACCAAUGCGAACAUAUCCAUAAUGAUCUAUUAACGACCACAGACUUAGAGUUAGCAGAUCAUCUUCAGGCACUGGAAAUUCUGCCACAAAUAUUCCUUACACGUUGGAUGCGUCUCUUAUUUGGUCGCGAGUUCCAAUUUCAAGAUGUUCUUAUACUCUGGGAUUUUCUCUUUUCUGAGGGUUUACGGCAAGAGCUAGUCGAGUUUGUGUGCGUUGCAAUGCUGCUCAGGAUUCGCUGGCAAUUACUGGACGCCGAUUCCUCGACUGCGUUGACCAUGUUGCUUCGCUAUCCCUCUCCCCACCCACACGAGCCGUACAGCUUUGUAUUAGAUGGCUUAUAUCUAGAACAGAACCCAACAUCCGAUAGAGGAACGUUUAUUAUCUCGAAGUAUUCCGGCAAGCCGCCUGACUCAUUGAAACGUGCCAGUCAGCCAGGCACGAGGCGUGUCUCCGGGAGGAAAUUUCAUCCACGCGGCGAUGCCAGGAACAUAAGUGAGGCUAGUUCCCCUUCCAGAUCACCUGCGAGGAACAGUCCUAAGAGCUUUGAGGCGCUUUUCCAAGAUGUGUCGGAAGGCAUUCAGCGGCGGACGGAAUCUUGGGGAGUAGCCAAGGCUGUCCGAGGCGCGGUAAGUGAGGCGAAAAGGAACAUGCAGACGAUCCAGUCGGAACACACUCCUCGAAUGAUGAGACAUGGGGAUUCGCCCUUGAGCCGUACUUCCGAUGCACGAUGGGUUCAAGAAUCCGAUGCCGUCGCUCAGUUGAAAACGAAGGUCCAAGAGUUGGAAGAACGCAAUAGGAUGCUGGCAAGGUCAUUGAGCCAGGCGCUGAAUGAUAUCCGCUCUCGUAUGAUGAAAGCCGAAGGGCUUGACCAUGCUACAGCAGACGCCAUGAAACAGGGUCUCGCCAAGGUUCAAUCAGUCCAGACAUGCCUCGAGAGCCCUUCUGCGCCUCUCCGCUCCGCAAAUCGAUCCCCAAGCAUAGCUGGCGAUACGAUUUCCGCGAAGCUCCCUAAUCAGUCGGAUGUGGGAGGUGACAAAGCUGAACGCUCUCCGUCGGUUACCAGCAGAGUUGGAGAGUCUGGGACAUCGUCCAGCUCUUCGGUGGAAGGUGAACCAAAAGCCCACGACCGAGCUCGAAUCCCCACCUCACUACCACUACGACCGGCAACACGCCCGUCAUUGGCUGAGUCUGAAUUUUCUUGGAUGCUUGGUGGCAGCCGGCAUAUCUCUAGUUUUGUUAGCCCGGCAUCCGUGCCGCCCGAACAAACUCGGCACGGCCCUAAACCGAACGCUCUGUUCGGCAACGGAGAUGAAGAACAAAGACCGUAUGCCGAACCUAAUGACUUGGCCUUGCGGAGCCUUCGAGGUCCUAAGAGCAAACAGUAG